AUGACUUCCUCCUAUACAGUCGCUCCACACCUGGAAUAUUUCAAUGUCCCACUGUCUGAUUUCACAGCAGCCCGACCCGAGUUCGAAGCCUUCGGUAUUGGCGGCUACAUUUUCUCACAGAAUGUAAAGCCCACAUCCCCACCACGCAUCUUACUUCUUCAACGAGCAUUAACUGACUCGAUGCCCGGAUGCUGGGAAGGACCUGGCGGGGCCUCCGAACCCGAAGAAGAUAGAACCCUGUUAGAUGGGGUAGUACGUGAAGUACUCGAAGAAUCAGGGUUGCAUGUAUCACGAAUUGUGGAAUUAGUGGCGAUUGAUAGCUGGGUGCAUAAACGGCGUGAUGGACAGACGAUUCAUAUUGCAAAGUAUUCGUUCAUUGUUGAUGUGCAUGAGGCUUUUCAUGAAUCGCUCCGUGGAGAUUCCCAUGUUGUCCAUUACGAUGAGAUUCCUGUUCAGUUGGAGGCUAGCGAGCACCGGGCAUUUGCUUGGGCCGUUGAAGAGGAUGUACAAGCAUCAAUGGAGUCUAUUACAGGGAAAUACAGUCUUCCACUCCCCUCUAGGUGGCAUCAGGGGUCUAAUAUUUUGCGGGCAUUUGAAUUGUUCAGGAACUUGAAGCAGUGA